GUGAGAGCAAGUCUCUUAACAAGUUUCGUUUUAUGCGUUAAGAGCGAGAGAGAUCCAUAAGGAGAGAGACCGUCUUAAAAAACGAUGCCGUACUACACUAACGAAGAUGACGUGGAUGACUUCAACGACUACGAUCCGACGCCCUACAGCGGAGGCUACGACAUCACCGUGACGUACGGCCGCUCUGUCCCUCCUUCCGACGAGACUUGCUACCCUCUCUCCUCUCGCUCCGGCGACGCCUUCGAGUACCAGCGACCCGUGUUUUCUGCCAGCCACGAGCCCGCUGCUUACGGCGACCAGGCUCUCACCACCGAGUACAGUAGCUACACCCGACCCAAGACCCGACCCGGAGGUCACGGAGGCGGUCACGUGGAAGGUGGGAAGAAGCCUGAGUACGGUGGAUCUGGAUCUGAGUUUGGCCGGAGACCUGAGUCAGAGCAUGGAUCUGGUUAUGGAGAUGACAAGAAGCCUAGCUAUGGCCAUGGCAAGGACGAUGAUGAGAAAGAGAGCCAUAAAAAAUAUAGUGGCAAGGACUGUGAUGAUGAGAAGAGCAAGAUGAAGGAGAAGAAGAAGGAUAAGGAUAAGAAGAAAGAUGAUGAUGAGAAGAAGAAGAGCAAGAACAAGGAUCAUCAUGAUGAUGAUUAUGAUGAGAAGAAGAAGAGCAAGAACAAGGAUCAUCAUGAUGAUGAUUAUGAUGAGAAGAAGAAGAACAAAAACAAGGACCAUGAUUAUGAUGAGAAGAAGAACAAGAAGGACUAUCAUCAUGGUAGUGAUGAUGAUAAGAAGAAUAAGAAGAAGGAUCAUUAUGGUAGUGAUGAUGAGAAGAAGAAGAAUCAGAAGAAGGAUCAUUAUGGUAGUGAUGAUGACAAGAAGAAGAAUAAGAAGGAUAAGUACCACAAGGGCCAUCGUGAUUACGAUGACUAGAAACCUUUUCUUUCUAUAUAAGGGAUUUUGCAUCUCUCAAGCUUUUAGUCACUAAUCAAGUAACCCACGCACACUUUUCUCUUAAGUUUUAUGUCAAUUGUUGUUUUGUUUUUGCUUUCCCGUUUGUGCUAUCUUCUUGAAAUUAUGCAGUAUGACUUUUUCUAGUGAUGAAAUAUUUGGAACCUCGGGAAACUAGAGUUCUUCUUUCGUUUCGGUCUAAACUAAGAAAGUCGGUCUGAUAUAGGAGUAAAUCACAGGCAUAAAGCCGUACUUUUUGUGGUGGUUUGAUACCAGUUUUGUUCGGCAUUUUAUUUGACAUCUAUCACUUUAGUGCUUUGUUUGAUGUAAUUUCCUUUUCGUAUGUAUCCCGAAAUGGAAUGGCUGAUUUCGUGGUAAAACCAGCACUCUCAUUGCUAACUCCUCCGAGCUUGGAGUGUAAAACCUUUGAUAUUU